ACAUUCAUCCCCAGUCUGUCUCCGCAUUUUGCUCUCCGCAAAAUAAAUAUCUCCACCGAACGCCUCGUGGCAGAGGAGCGCUCUGGAUUCUUGUAGACUCUGCUAAAACCCCGUGACUGAUUCGGACUAGUAUAUCGCUUCUUGACUCGUUUGUCGAUAUUUAAUGCUUCUUCAUCGUAGCAUUUGAUGAUCGGCAUCAGACUUUGAGAUACACGAUCAACAGAACGACUAUUGUACGAUGGAGUUUGACAAGAUGGCGACCGUACACGACAAACACGUCGAGCAGGUGCUCGAGGAGAAGACUGUCAAUGUUCUAGACUCGAAUCUUGCGGCGGUGAUGCAGGAGAACAAGCCAAACCCACGAGGCAAGGGCUACAUGCGUCUAUACUUCUGCUGUCUAUUAGUCUAUCUCUGUUCAACAAUGAAUGGUUACGAUGGCUCUCUGAUGGGCUCCAUAAAUGCAAUUCCGAAUUACACAUCUUACUACAAUCUACCACCCGAAGGCAACUCCGGCACAGGCCUUGUAUUUGCCAUCUUCAAUAUCGGACAGAUGACCGGUGCACUCUUCGUCUGGCUCGCGGAUUGGCAAGGUCGGCGAUUGCCCAUUUUCAUCGGCUGUCUUGGUGUGUGCGUCGGCACGAUCAUCACUUCCGUCGCACCAACGUUGCCAGCCUUUAUCGGAGGAAGGUUCCUGCUGAGUUUCUUCUCAACGUUCGCUACUACUGCGGCACCAUUGUAUUUGAUUGAGAUUGCACCGCCACAGUAUCGUGGGACUGUAGCUGGCAUGUACAACACACUGUACUAUCUGGGUUCUAUCAUUGCAACUUGCACUGUCUAUGGCGCAAAUAUCAAUCUAUCAAACAGUGGAAACCUCAAUUGGCGCCUACCACUAUGGCUACAGAUGCUCUGCCCAGGAAUCGUGUGUCUCGGCAUCUGGUUCUGUCCAGAGUCACCCAGAUGGCUUGUCGCCAAAGACCGCGCAGAAGAAGCUCGUGCCCUUCUCACAGAACUCCACGCCAACGGCGACGCCUCACACCCACUUGUCGCCCUUGAAAUGCACGAAAUGACAGAGAAUAUGCAAUCUGAAGAGAUGCUCACAUGGCGUACCUUCUUCGACCUGCGCGUGCUCAUCAAGUCUCCAUCGCGUAGAUACAGACUCAUGCUGUGCAUUGCCUUCAGCUGGUUCGGACAAUUCAGCGGAAACAACGUUGUGUCUUACUACCUUCCUACCCUCGUCCGCUCCGUCGGAAUCACAAACACAAACACCCAGCUUCUGCUCAACAUCAUCUACGCCAUCACCGGUUGGAUCCCCGCCAUGAUCGGCGCCCGCCUACACGACGUCGUUGGUCGUCGCAAGAUGCUACUCGGCGUGACCAUGGGCAUGGCCGUCGCACUCGCCAUUGCCGCCGGCACCGCUGCAGGCUACGAGAAAGACCCCACCAACAAGGCCGCAUCGAGCGCCAGCAUCGCUUUCAUCUACAUCUUCGGCGCCGUAUUCGCACUUGCCUUCACCAGUAUGCAACCCAUCUACCCGGGUGAGGUGCUCAGCAACGAGAUGCGCGCCAAGGGAAUGGGUGUAUUCCAGAUCACGGCUGGUUGUGCCGGGUUCGUGAACACCUUUGCAGCGCCGAUCGCGCUGAAGAACAUCCGGUAUUGGUUCUACAUCUUCUUCGUGUUCUGGGACGUGUUCGAAUUUGCAUUCAUCUAUUUCUUCUUCGUGGAGACUAAGGAUCGCACCUUGGAGGAACUGGAUGAGAUCUUUGAAGCGCCGAACCCGCGCAAGGCGAGUACGCAGAAGACAACGUUGAGGAGGAGGGUUGUCGAGCUUGAGGAUGGUGCUGUUGAGGUUUCUGUCGAGAAAUGAGCUUCGUCUGGAACUAGGAUAUGCGGCUCCAUCAAUCUCAUAUCUUAAUGCUAAUCUACCUUGGGUUGGAACGAUACCAGCACCUCAAACCUAGCAAGGAAAUUACAUAGUAUAUUAAUUGAGUUUCCAAAU